AGCUGCCACUUGCGAUACCCCAUCCUAGUUGUAUCUCAGAUCUUGACUCCAUCCUUCUCCCUCCCGUAUGUUGAAGGGCCAAGCUACUCUCGCUCUUAUCCCCAUCUCGCUCCGACCGGCGGUGCCUUCGUCCACGUAGAUCGCCCUGCCGGCCUCUCCUCCUGCUCAUCAAGUAAGUGCCUUGACACAGGAAAGGGGCUCUCUUUUCAGGAUUCACGCCGGACACGAUAUCAUGGCGAACAAGUCACCGCUUUUAAGCGAUGAGCCAAGAAAGCUAUCGUAUCAAUCGAUAAAAGAGAUUACUGAUGAUUUCAAUGAGGACCGAAUACUUGGUCGUGGGGGAUUCGGAAUAGUUUACAAGGGUGAGCUCAAUCGUGAAGAGAUCGCCGUGAAGGUAUUUCACGUGCCAAGAUUGGAGGAUGGCGAAUUUCAGAAAGAGUUUCAGAACCUGAGGAGGUUCAACCAUCAAAAUGUCGUAAAGUUAGUGGCCUUCUGCAAUGAAUCAAAACAAGAAUAUGUGAAGUUCGGAGGACAAGAAGUUAUUGCGGACAAGAUGCAUACAGCACUCUGCUUGGAGUAUGUACAGAAUGGUAACCUUGGGAAGCAUAUUUCUGAUGAACAGACGGGACUGAAUUGGCGAGCACGUUACAAGAUAAUCAAAGGGAUCUGUGAAGGUUUAAAAUAUCUUUACGAGGGACUGGAGUUCCCUGUAUGGCAUUUGGACUUAAAACCUGAUAAUAUAUUGCUAGAUAAGAACAUGGUGCCAAAGAUUGGCGAUUUUGGUUUCUCAAGGCUCCUCGGUGAAGAGUAUACAACAAAGACAAUGAGUUCUGUAGGUACACGUGGAUACUUGCCGCCAGAAUACAUAAAUAGUCAGAUAAUAUCCAAAGAAUUUGACAUAUUUAGCUUGGGUGUUAUCAUUGUAAAGAUAAUGGCCGGACACGAAGGCUACUCAUGUAUUGAUGACAUGACGACCCAGGAAUUUGUUGACCAUGUACAUGGUAAUUGGAGGAAAAAGUUAGGUGAAACAUUGAGUCCCAGAUCGCUCGAAGCAUAUUGCCAACAGGUGAAGAGAUGCAUUGAGAUAGCAUUAGAAUGCACGAAAUGGAAACGACGUGAAAGACCUACAAUUCAGGAUAUUGUUACUGCGCUGAUCCAGACAGAAACAGUGAUAGGUGACCUUGGGCUACAGACAGAACAGUUCACUCAGGAAGAAUCAAUUCUUCUCAAGAAAGACACCCCGAAGAGGCCUCCUAAAGAAAUGGCCACUGUCAUCAGCAGACGUAAAACCGGAGAGAGCAAGCCGAGCAUUCUAAGUUCACUACCGAAGGACCUGCCGCUAGAUUUUUUGAAGAAAAUUACAGAUGAUUUCUCUGAAGAGAGAACACUUGGUACGGGUGCAUUUGGAACAUUUUACAUGGGAAUUUUGGAAGAUGGCGAAGUAAUUGCUGUGAAGAAACUUGCGGAAAAUUCACCAGUGGCAAGAGAUAAAGCAUUUGCUAAUGAGGUUCAAAAUAUUAUGGCUCUCGAGCAUGAGAAUAUAGUAAAGCUAGUUGGCUACUGUCAAGAAACACAAAAGAAAGUUGUGCAGAACAAUGGAAGAUAUAUUGUUGCAGACAUAGUAGAAAGUUUACUCUGCUAUGAAUAUUUACCUAACGGAAGCCUUGGCAAGUAUAAUGCUGCUGGAUCCAGUAUAUCAAAUGACUGGGACAUACGGUUCAAAAUAAUUAAAGGGAUUUGCCAAGGUUUACUCUUUCUACAUUCCAUUCCUAUUGUCCAUAUGGAUCUUAAGCCAGAAAAUAUAUUGUUGGACAAUGCUAUGGUGGCAAAAAUUGCGGAUUUUGGUCUCUCGAGGCUCUUCGGUCAAGAACAAACACGGAUGAACACACAGAAUGUUGUGGGAUCCUAUGGAUACAUCGCCCCAGAAUAUUUAUACCGAGGCGAAAUCUCUACCAAGACAGAUAUAUACAGCCUAGGUCUUACAGUUCUGGAAACCGUGACAGCAGAGAAAAAUAGCGCCAGUAAUGAACCAUCUGGAGUUCGGUUUAUUAAGAUGGUACGUGAAAAAUGGACAUUCGACCACAUAGUAUCGGUUCACCCGUCUUUAAGUGCCGAUUACCUUCAAGAAAUAACAACCUGCAUUGAUAUUGGGCUAGAAUGUGUUGAGAUCGAUCGGCAGAAGAGGCCAUCCAUAGAGAACAUUGUCGACAGGCUAAAUGGCGUAGUAACAAGGUAUGAUCGAAUUGGUGGAGAACAUCAAUAGUACUCUACGUCGGUACGAUGUAGUUUACAGUAAUGCAUCGGAAAAUCUUUUACCUUUGUGGAAGGAAAAUCUUGAAUACAUGUUUGGUUCAACUAUCUUUCUUUAGGCAAGUUAAUUAAGUACUUGAAGAAUAUAUGAGAAGUACGACUAGAUUUUUAUUCCUGAAAACAUUCCCAGUAAUUAGGGUUCAAAAUAGACCACUUUUCUUGUAAUAAGGACCGAGAGAUGUAAGUGCCACACCUGGUAGUGGUCUAUUUAUAACAGUUUCCUUGUUGGAGUGUUGUUUUUAGGGCCGCUGGUAUGACCUUCAUUGGUUGAACCCGACCUCAACAAUGAAAUUCGUGAUUCUACAAUUUGCUGGUUGGGUCUGAUUGUCCGUGUGCAUGGACAUGUAUUUGAAAUAUGACGAUGAUUAUCCAAAGUUAAUUUGGACUGGCUUUUACUAGUA